GUUCCCUCCUCUUUUUUUCCCUGCACCGCGCGGCGCACAGCGGAUGGGUGAAGAGCGACCGAGAGCGCAACUCGUGCGCGCAUCUGUAUCGAGAUUUAACCACCCAAACCACCCAAACCAUCAAAACCCAUCACCGGAACGUCCCGGCCUUUCGGACGGAGAACUCAGGGGGGUCACCGGAAAGCUUUCAAAGCGCGCACCACCGCAAAAAGAAGAGGGCCAUGCCGUUUGGCUGUUUAACGCUCGGAGAGAAGAAGGACUACAACAGUCCCACGGAUAUCACCGACAGAUAUGACCUGGGGCAGAUUGUGAAAUCGGAAGAGUUCUGCGAGAUCUUCCGAGCCAAGGACAAGACGACAUCGAAAAUGUACACCUGCAAAAAGUUCAUGAAGAAGGACGGGAGGAAAGUGCGCAAGGCUGCCAAGAAUGAGAUUUUCAUUCUGAAGAUGGUGAAGCAUCCUAACAUUCUCCAGCUGGUGGACGUCUAUGAGACAAGAAAAGAAUAUUUCCUCUUCUUGGAGCUUGCUACAGGUAGAGAGGUGUUUGACUGGAUCCUGGACCAAGGAUACUACUCUGAGAAAGACACCAGCAACGUGAUUCGGCAGGUGUUGGAGGCUGUGGCGUACCUGCACUCCCUCAAUAUCGUCCAUCGCAACCUGAAGUUGGAGAAUCUGGUGUAUUACAACCGCCUGAAGCACUCCAAAAUAGUUAUCAGCGAUUUCCACCUGGCCAAGCUUGAGAACGGGCUCAUUAAAGAACCAUGUGGGACUCCAGAGUACCUAGCUCCAGAAGUUGUUGGGAGACAGAGAUAUGGCCGACCCGUGGACUGCUGGGCUCUUGGAGUGAUCAUGUACAUACUGCUUUCUGGGAACCCUCCGUUCUACGACGAAGCCGACGAUGACGAUUACGAAAACCACGACAAGAACCUGUUCCGCAAGAUUCUGGCAGGAGAUUACGAGUUUGAUUCGCCGUACUGGGACGAAAUCUCUGACUCAGCUAAAAGUUUAGUCGCGCGUCUCAUGGAGGUCGACCAGGAUCAGAGACUCACAGCGCAGGAAGCCAUCAACCAUGAAUGGAUAUCCGGAAACGCUGCCUCAGAUAAAAACAUCAAGGAAAACGUGUGCGCACAGAUGGAGAAGAAUUUCGCACGAGCCAAGUGGAAGAAAGCUGUACGAGUCACGACCAUCAUGAAGAGGCUGAGAGCUCCGGAGCACCACCAAACUGCCGCUGCAGCUCAGCCCAGCGAGGGAGCCGCAAACCCUGCAGGAGGAGCACAGGAAAAUCCCCAGGCUCCAGCUCAGGCCUCCACGUCCCCCGCAGGCACAGAGCCCCCUGCUGGUCUGGAGGCACCAAACGCAGAAGCUUCUUCAUCACGGUGCAAUGGUGAAUCUCCAGCUCCUCCGCCUUUCGCCACACCGACCGGAGACGAGCAGAACGGUUAAAGUCUGUCCCUCUACCCAGCCACAUCUCUCGCAGCAAACCCUCAGCUCUGUAAAUUAGCAUCUAGCAUGGUCACCCUGAGCCUGCUUCGCUCCCACGGUAACAUUAGCAGUGCCAGCGUCGUCUUGCAGAACCUUGUCGAUGUCUUUUCCUGAGCUUCCCUGUCUUUUCUUGUUACGACAGCUGUAUUUGCUAAUCCUACAAGCCAUACUGUCACACGCUCUACAAAAACACGAGGCUUUGCUUCGCGUUAAUUGUCAUACAUAUAUAGAUUUAAGAAAACUAAAGAAAGAAAUAAACAGAAAAGGGUAUUACUUUGCUAAUAUUGGGAAACUUUCGUGGGAUUAUUUUAGUAUAGUAACAAACUUUGAUGUACGCCUUACAAUAUUUGUCGCUACUCAGAGGUGCCAACAUUAGUAUUAGUUGUUACGAUACCUGUAGUAUUUACAAUUUCUGACUCCGCCGAUACCUUGUUAAAAUUCUUUAAAAAAACGCCGCUUUUCUACUUUCUCACGCUAGACCAAAUGCAAACGAAAGUCACUGAAGGGGAAAGGACGGAUUCGCUUCUGUUAGAGUAGAGGUCAGAAUACUUCAGUUGAAUUUACGAGCCUCGGUCUUGUGGUACAGUAGAAAGGAAGUGGAUAGAACUGUGGUCUCUUUGGUUAGUUAAAGAAAAUGAUCGAGGAGCUGCUUAUUAUUAACUAGCAAUCCCGUCAAACGUUUAUCUCGCAUGUUUUCAGCGAUGUCGGCACCUCUGGGUACAGCUUGGCUCCUGUGCUCAGGAAAGCACGUCGUGGCUCGUUUGUAAAGAUUUCUGUAAAUACCAAACUCCAUAGAGACGUAGCCAAAAACAGCAUGCGUUUUACAACUACCGUUUAUUUCAUACAAGUCCUGCCAACCUGUGCGUCGACAAAGAUGUCUGACUAUCGGCCUUACACGGAGAGUUUUGUCCCUCCUGGUUCCGCCAUUUCUAUACGUCCUAUUUACAUAUUUAAAUAUUUACACAUUAAAUAACAGGAGAUUCAUACGGACAACGUGCUACAUGCUACACUUUAGCUGUCUAGGCUGCAGUUCGUUUGAUAGUUAAAGGGUUUGAAGUAUGCAGUGGGAACAAAAUGCACAGCUAGCUUUAGAUCCGCAUGGUAGCUCGGCAAACGAUAAAAAACGGCAUUCACAAAUCGGACGUCAUGGCAUUGUAUGCAUAGAAAGUGAUUUUAUUCAUUUAUUUAUUUUUUGUAAAUGACAUUUUCUACAUAUUAAACGCCACACGAGAGCUACACAUCCGUGGUUAAUUUGUUUCGGCUAGGUCGCGUUAAGCCAGGCUCCGCUAAGAACGCUAUUCUGUUUGUUGGUUAAACGUAACGUGUUCGGUGUUUUAGCUACUAUGCAUUCGAAGAAUGUCAGAAGUCGGAAGUCUAUGUUCGUUAAACCGAGUGCGAUGUCAGACACGCAGCUGCGUUAAAUAUUUACUAUAAGAAAACUUUCACCGAACGUUUCAGACAAGACAUGUUCGGUGGCUUAUGCUUGCUUUUUUUUUUUUUUUUUUUUUAGCUACGAAGCUAAGAUAGUGGAAAUGUUUUUGUUUUUUUUUUACGCUUCAAACGUCAUUAAGCUCCGUAAUCUCACUUUUAAAGAAAUUAUUUUGUAAGUUAGUAGCUCCACGUUCCACUUUGAGAGGCGGAGCCUGAGUGGGGUUUGGUGUUGAUAUCAAAUAGCAUUUAGGAAAAAUUCUAAAAAAAAAAAUAUUCGGGUUGUCCAAGAUGGCCGCCCAAAUAUCGUUCCAGGGUUCAUCUACACGGUGAGGUCCUCACGCCGAGGUCCACGUUUAUAGAUUGAACCUACUGAAGAAGUUUUGGAUUCGGAGAUAAGUGAUAUAUUACUUGUUAGCAACAUCAGCGUCGUAGCCAGUAGCUCCAAGAAUGUCUUGGCUGAGCAACUAUGUUGGGGAAAUUUAUUUAUUUAUUUAUUUAUUUAUUUAAAACUAUUCAUUUAAUCUCUCAACCCACGCUUAGGACGUGCUCGGUUUGUAAUUCCUUUACUGUCUACGCGCCGAAAUUCUAACACGUAUAUAAUAUAUGGAAGAAUUGUUUAAAAAAGAAAUCACAUUUUCAUCGUUCGUUUAAAGGACACAAAAUAACAUUCUUUAUAUGUGUGCAUAAGUUCUGUAUUAAAACACUAUAACCUACAAAUAUAUUUAUUAAUCCAUUGUACGGUAUAAUCCGUUCGACUUAUUUGAACACGUGUUUAAUAUAUUUUCCGUAUUUAUUUGGACAUUUCCAUGCAUUUUAGCAUGAAGUACACGGGAAAACUCACGGACUCCGUGUCCUGCUCCGGUUCAGCCGGUGUGACCGGGGAGACGGACGUGUGUGUGUGUGUGUGUGUGUGUGGUAACGUGACAGGAGUGAGAGUAUGUCCAGCAUAAACCAGAGCAAUAGUCGACCUACUGCGAUACUGUGACGCGUGUUCCUGCUGUUCGCUCUUGCGCUGUUCGGACGGCCUAAAUGUGCUCGUGUUAGUGUCGGAAUACCGGGAGGUUCACCGUGGCUGCGUUCCAGUACUGUUUUAGCGAGCCCUCGUCAACCGUGACACGUCGUUACGUUUAUGUUACGUUACGGUAUUAUGUUUACGAAGUAUGUCAGACCACCCAUUAGAGCCAAAAGCUACGUUAAGACUAGCUAAUGACAAGUGGCACUCGUGUCUCUUGUAGGCGCUACUAUAGUCGUUUGUGGGCGUGGCCUACAGAAGCUGUAGUAGCCUAUAUAUAGCUAUUAAACUAGGUAAACACAAAUGAAAUGACUCACUAAUCCGCGUGACUCUUAGUGGUUUGAUUUACGUUAUGUUCUCGGCUUCGUUGGCCGAUAAGCGCUAGCGACGUACACUCACCGGAGCCACAGACUGGCUCUGCUACUUCCUUACGCACUUUUUUUUCUCUCUUCGUGUUUAAAUGUUUAUCGACAUUUAACGAAAGCUUGCAAUAAGACUUGUGAUCUGCUUCCAUUUUGUCGUGUCAAACAGAAAAACCGAAGAAACAUCAGAGCGCCAUAGGACCGGUCCGAGGAAUCGUUCUAGCCGACAGUUUGGAUUUGUCGCGUCUUUACAGCGUCGUACCUAAUUUGCAUAGAAUUUCUUUUCAAAAUCUCAACUGGACUGCCACACGUUACACGUUGCACGCACGUAAACAACGACCGGUCGCCUCGCUGUUUUGUCGCUUGCUAGCGUGAAUGCAGUGUAGCCUCGACACUGUAGAUUUUCUGUAGAAUUCCUCACAAUAAAGUUCCAACAGGAAACGUGAAAAGAAGCAAUAAAGUGUCAAGAAAUACAAGCUAACAUCCGAUGCUGUGCUCAGACUAAUUACUAUGUAGCCGACCUAACAGUGGACGGACCUUUAUCCUGCUAGUUCACUCAUAUAUUCUGUUAUCUUGCUAGUUUUCUUUAGCAUGCCAGGGAGCUAGCUAGCUAAUAUAGCUACCGGAUGUACCGUACACAGGAAACGGAUUCGUGUGGCCGAAGAACUCUUUAGCUACCGCCGUGGAAAUCGAGUGCGUCCGUGCUAAUGCCGCUACACGUUCGCGCUCGUUUUGACACAGCUCGGUGAGGGCGAGCUGAAAACGGUUCUGGAACGUGGCUUAAAAUUGCGUAUCCGUCAGCCGAACUUCCCGUGUCGUCGCUUUAGGGAAUGUUAAGGGCCUUGGCGCUUGUGCUAGGUCGUAUAGUUAGCUAGCUAACUUAGAAACAGGAAGUAACUGCAGUCGAUGCUAACAGCCACUUCUGAGCAACCAUUUCCUACAACAGAUUACGCACAGCCAGUUUAUUAAUUAUUUUGUUAGGAUCCUUAGACGCUAAUUUAGUCGCAUACUUAAGUUUUAAAUAGGAACUAAACUGAUCCGAUUGACUAAAACCGCCUGCUAAUUAAUUUUAAAAACACAACGCUCAAAUCAAUCAAAGAAUCGCCAUAAAAUAUAUUCUACCUCUCAAGCAACUUCAAACACGUCCCAAGCUCUAACCGCUGUAGUUCCGUGCUAAUGAGGCUAAAGACGGUUAACCUAGCAUGUUCACGAGCGAAGUGUUUCUUCGGCAGGUUUGAAAUUACGUGGUAGAUUUGUUUUAUCCCCGAUCUGAAGGCUAAAUCAGGCUAAAUCAGUUCGCCACGUACAGUACAAGCACCCAGGUCCUUUUCGGGCUAGCACAGCGGCCAGCUGAACAGAAACGUAGCAAAAUCGAUGGAAGAGGCUUCAAAGGUUGUGUUUUGUGAAGGCUGUAUUCAUGGAUUUCAUCCAGAAAGUGUGUGUUUGUGCUGAAAUCUGGUUUUCAUGUAUUUUACAUCCAUUUCUACACAAAAAGGGAACUAUGUGUGUGUGUGUGUGUGUGUGUGUGUGUGUGUGUGUGUGUGUGUAUAUACACAUAUACAUAUUUAUAUAUAUAUCUCUCUGCUGUGUUUGUUUAUUGUUUUUUUUUUUUUACAUUUAUUUGUCUUCAUGUAUCUUUCCUGUUGUUGUGCAUUAUAUGAGAUUCUAUCAAACUAAUCAAUUCUUCUUGUUUCUGUUUUUAUUUGAUUUGAUUUGAUUUGAAAGCGAUAACCAGGAGGGUUCGAGUAAAACUUUCUACGUUACGUGUUGGGUUAAAUCAUUCUGACAGAAUACAUGUACACACUUAGACCGCGAUCAAAUACUGUGUUAAUACGAUUCAAAGCAAUGAUUUAUUUUAUUUUUUUUUUUAAACGCAGAACAUUCACGUCAUCGUGCGUCGGGUUGUUGAGUUGUUGAUUUUUUUUUUUUCUUGUUGCAGUCGAUACUGUGGUUGUUCAUGGGUGUGCGAGCUCUGCUCACCUGGAGCUCAUUCUCUCUCUCUCUCUCUCUCUCUCUCUCUCAUCUUCAUCCUCUGCAUUCUUCUCAAUUUUAUCCAUUUGAUGGUAAGAAAUUAAAAAUAACCACAAUAAUACUAAAAAAAUAAAAAAUUAAUAAAGUAUAAAAGGAGUCAAGGUUGUGUGGAUUUGUAUUAUUGUUAUUUCCUAACUUCCUCACUGAGACGACACGAUUCGAGCCUUCACGAUUUUUAAAAAAAAUCCAUUUAAAAAACAAAAAUAAACUAAGGAUAGUCCGCGGUGUCUGGAGUGCUACAUGGACCACAGUACAGUAAACAGUCUCCUGUAGUACAAAGGGACGCAGCCUUAAAGAAACUUAAUAUUUUAAAGCUGCAGUGCCUAAUAUUUAAAAAAAAAAAAUGUAAUAAAUAAUAAUAAUAAUAAAAUGAUGUUGCUGUGAGUUGCCCCGACAACCCUGUGACGGUCAGAGCUCUCGCUGUAGGUUCGUCUCAGUGCUAGUGACCCGACGGAAAUCUUAUAGACGAGCUGUGAUGUUAUAGACAGCGGCUCCGGAUGCUUAUCCGUA